CGCCUGGCUCGCCCUGCUGGCUGCCGGAGGGGCUGAGUGGCCGCGGCGGCCUCGGAGCAGCCAGCGCGGAAGGCAGCCCGGCAGAGCAGCGCCCAGCCGAGCCGGCCCGGAGCCCCGCCGCCCGAGGCUCCAGGAGGAGGAGGAGGAGGAGGAGGCCGCCGUCGCCCGGCGCGCCUGGCCGGAGCCCGCAGGCUCCUUCGUUCUUGUUUUUAUGACUCCCCACCUGGAUUUAUCCCGAGUGGAAUAUAAUGAACUGAAGAAAUCCGUUCUUCCCUUCUUAAUUUUUUUUCUAUUUUUUUCCUUUUUUUAAGAAAGCUGCUUUUUUUUUUUUUUUUUGGAUGAUCGCGCACUGAUUUUUUUUUUCCUUUUUAAUCUUUUUUUUUGAAAUAAAAAUUGAGUCACCUCGUAUUGCGAGAAGAUGGGGAGGAAAAAGAUCCAGAUCCAGAGGAUUACGGAUGAAAGGAACCGGCAGGUGACGUUUACCAAGCGCAAGUUUGGGCUGAUGAAGAAGGCCUACGAGCUGAGCGUCCUGUGCGACUGCGAGAUCGCCCUCAUCAUCUUCAACCACUCCAACAAGCUCUUCCAGUACGCCAGCACAGACAUGGACAAGGUGCUGCUGAAGUACACCGAGUACAACGAGCCCCACGAGAGCCGGACCAACGCGGACAUCAUCGAGACCUUGCGAAAGAAGGGGUUCAAUGGUUGCGAGAGUCCAGAGCCCGACGGGGAAGACUCCGUUGACCAGAGCCCUCUGACCGAGGACAAGUACCGCAAAGCCAGUGAGGACCUGGACAACUUCUUCAAGCGCUACGGCGCGCUGAACAAGAAGCAUAGAGAGGGCGAGAGCGCCGACGGGGAGGACAUCUUUACCCUGACACCCCAGACCGAAGAAAAGUAUAAAAAGAUUGAUGAGGAGUUUGAUAAAAUGAUGCAGACUUACAGGCUCACAUCCUCCGUUCCUGCUCCCAACUUCGCCAUGCCGGUGACGGUGCCAGUGACCAACCAGAGCGCCCUGCCGUUCAGCAGCCCCGGGGGCUCCCUGGUGACCCCAUCGCUGGUGACUUCCUCCUUGACCGACCCCCGGUUGCUGUCCCCGCAGCAGCCGGCCCUCCAGCGCAACACCGUCUCCCCGGCUCUCCCGCAGAGGCCGGCCAGCGCAGGGGCGAUGCUCGGAGGGGAGCUGGGCAACACGAACGGAGCCUGUCCCAGCCCCGUGGGCAACGGCUACGGCAGCGCCAGGGCCUCCCCGAACCUCCUCCCCGUCUCCAACGGAAGCAGCCUAGGCAAGGCGAAGUCGCCCCCGCCGCCUCCCCAGCACAUGGUCAGCAACCUCCGCAAGCCGGACCUCCGGGUCAUCACCUCCCAGGGCGGGAAAGGCCUCAUGCAGCACCUGACGGACGAUCAGUUGGAUCUGCAGAACACACAAAGACUCCUGGUGUCUCAAGCCACGCAUUCUUUGACCACGCCGGUCGUUUCAGUGGCCACGCCCAGCCUGCUGACCCAGGGGCUGCCCUUCUCAGCGAUGCCCACGGCAUACAACACAGACUACCAGCUGAGCAGUGCGGAGCUGUCCUCCCUCCCGGCGUUCAGCUCGCCCACCAACCUGUCUCUGGGCAGCCUCUCCGCCUGGCAGCCGCAGCCACAACAGCUGCAGCAGGUGCAGCAGAUCCCGGUCUCCCUCAGCAACCUCAUGUGAGUGGCUCCCCUGGGCCAG